AACGCUGCAAAUCACUUCACACGCAUCGUGACUCGUUGUGUGCCUUAUUACUGUAGGAAACCGACGCCUAACGAUAGGUGGCGCAGAGUUUUAUCCAUCUCCGCUACAUAGAAUCUCGGAAAGGAAUCAUGGAAAAUCCGAAACCAUCGUCAAAACUGAGCGACAUUUCAGCCAAAUUUACUGAAGCUACGCUCGAUGAGAUCAUUCAGAAUGCGGGCGGUAAGCGGUGUAUAAGCUGGAAGUUUCCGGAAACUAAUUUCGCGAAAGGCGACGCCUAUCUCAGCGAAUUGUAUCGAAUUCAACUGACCGGUGAACCGAACGAACCAGGACAGGAGCCGUUCAUAGUGAAUGUUGUUGUAAAAACCAUCCCAAAGAACGUUGGGCGUCGCAAAACGUUUCGGUCGGCGGACUUCUUUCGCAACGAGGCCAACUUCUACAAUGUCGUGCUGAAGGAGCUGUAUCGUUUUCAGGAUUCGCGUAAACCGAAAAAUCCGUUUAAAGAUGUCAACGGGUGCUUUGUGGCGUACACGGAUGGUGUGAACGAUUUCAUCGCAAUGGACGAUCUCGGUCAAUAUGGCUACCGCACGGCUUCGAGGAUCACAGGAGUAGGAUUGGAGGACUGUCAACGCUGCAUGCGAACCCUCGGUCGCUUCCAUGCGCUGUCGCUAGCCAUGAAAGAGCAGGAACCGGAGCGUUUCCAUGAGAUCGCUCACCAGCAUGUAGAAGAAACGUACUAUGCCGCUCGGCUCAAAUCGUGGUAUAACAACUUCAUGAAGGUGCAAAUCGACAUCUCCCGGGACGCCAUUGCUAAAGAAUUUCCGGGAACGGACCUUGAGCGCAGGGUAAACAAAUUUUUCGAUUGCGAUCUGUACGACCACAUGGUCUACUUAACGCAAACGCGCAACCAGAACUCGGUUAUCAAUCAUGGCGACUGCUGGAUGCCAAAUUUCAUGUUUCACGAUAGCACGCCCGCCAUGCGCGUGAUCGACUUUCAGUUGGCCCGGUACAGCUCCCCAGUUCUAGACAUAUCAUUUUUCAUUUACUCCUGCACCAGCCAGGAGUUACGCGAGGCUCACUAUCAAGAUCUACUGGAUGCAUACUAUGGUGGAAUGGCAGAGAUGUUGCGAGACCUCGGCUCCGAUCCCGAUGUGGUAUUUCCGUACUCGGAGCUAUUGAAAGAAUUGCAACAAUACGCACGGUUCGGUUGUGGAAUGGGCAUCGAGUCGAUACCCUUCUCGCUGCUGGAAGAGUCCGAAGUUCCCGAUUUGGAUAAAAUUACUGGCGAUGAGGAGAUACCAAUUGAAGUGAUUUGGAUUCUACGUCCCAUCGCCACUCAAGCUGGACGGCGGCGUCUAACCGACAUGUUUCGCCAUGCCAUUGACAUGGGCUAUUUGGAUUAAGCGUUUAUCGCAAAAAACCUAUGUCUAUAAAUUUUAAAUCAAUAAAAGUGAACUCCUGAACAA